UUCAGUCGUGGGGGGGAUCAUGGCUGGGUCCGGACAAAUUUUGCAGCCAGUGGUGCUGAAGCAUCGGCGAACCGCGCUCGAACGGGUCGAAAAGUUCAUCUCCGAGAUCUACUUCACGGAUUGUAAUCUCCGGGGCAGGCUGUUUGGCGACACCUGCUCUCUGGAAUCUCUCUCUUUCUUUGAGACCCCUGAACGGAUCCCAUAUGAGGAAGCUGUCCGACAAGAAUUCCGGCCCAUCAAAGUUGGGGACUCUUUUGGAAAGACAUGGAAGACUUGUUGGUUUAAAAUCGAUCUCGGUAUCCCCAGAGAGUGGGCGGGCAAAGAAGUGCACCUUUGGUGGGAAAGUGAAGGAGAAGGAUUGGUCUGGAAGGAUGCCCAGCCUGUUCAGGGCUUGACUCGAGAAGGCGAGAAGAUCAGCUACAUCCUGACAGACUGUCUUAAGGAGUCGGACCCUCACAGUCUGACCCUGUACGUGGAGGUUGCCUGCAAUGGCCUCUUUGGAGCGGGGAAAGGCAGCAUGAUCGCCCCGCCGGAUCCGGACAAGAGGUUCUCCUUGCAGAAGGCUGAGCUGGUGGUCUUCAACAGGGAUGUCCAUGAGCUUCUGGUAGACUUUGAGGUCCUUAUGGAUAUGGCCAAGCUCCUCGGGGAGGAAAACCAGCGGAGCCUUCAGGCGCUUUACGCAGCCAAUCAGAUGGUGACCCUGUGCGACGUCACCGAUCCAUCGACUUUCCCUUCGGCUCGUGAAGUGGCCCGUUUGGUCUUCAGUCAAAGGAAUGGAGACAGCCAGCACGUCAUUCACGCGAUGGGCCACUGCCACAUCGAUUCCGCUUGGCUGUGGCCUUACGAGGAGACAAUCCGCAAAUGUGGGCGCAGCUGGGUGACUGUCGUACGCCUGAUGGAGAAGAACCCGGAGUUCACUUUCGUCUGCUCACAGGCCCAGCAGUUCGAAUGGGUGAAGAGCCACUAUCCCGGUCUGUACACAAAGAUUCAAGACUUUGCUAAAGAAGGACGCUUCAUCCCUGUCGGGGGCACCUGGGUGGAAAUGUUCUGGUUGCCGGACACUUUCGGCUACUCGGCCCAGUUCCCCCAGCUGAUGCGCGGAUGUGGGAUACGCCGGUUCCUGACUCAGAAGCUCAGCUGGAACCUCGUGAAUGCUUUCCCGCACAACACCUUUUUCUGGGAAGGCAUUGAUGGUUCUCGAGUCCUGGCUCACUUCCCACCAGCGGAUUCUUAUGGGCUGGCCGGACACGUGGAAGAGAUGUUAAAGACCCUGAAGAACAACAGGGACAAAGGGCGGGUGAACCACAGCGCUGCUCUGUUUGGGUUUGGAGACGGCGGAGGGGGCCCGACGCAGAAGAUGCUGGACCGCUUAAAGAGGAUGAAGGAUACGGAUGGCUUGCCCAGGGUCCAGAUGUCCACUCCGGACCAGUUUUUCUCCGCCUUGGAAAAGGUAGAGUCCCAGCUGUGCACGUGGGUCGGAGAACUGUUUCUGGAGUUACAUAACGGCACGUACACCACCCACGGACAGAUUAAAAAGGGGAACCGGGAGUGCGAACGCCUUCUCCACGACGUCGAGGUCCUGAGCAGCUUGGCUUUGUCGAGGAAGACCUCCUUUCAGUAUCCUUCUGCCGAGCUGCAGCGUCUCUGGAGGCUGCUGCUUUUGAAUCAAUUCCACGAUGUGUUGCCGGGCAGCUGCAUCCAACUAGUAGCUGAGGAUGCCAUGAGAUACUAUUCCGAAAUUCGAGAUGCUGGAGUUUGUCUUCUAAUGGAUGCCAUGCAGUCUUUGUUUGGGGAUCUGUCAGGGAACCGUCGAGGGACACCUGAAAGCAUCCUCAUCGUCAACACGUUGCCGUGGGAACGCACAGAAGUAAUCUCCAAAACGGGACCGGGUGGAUCUGAGACUUUAGCUUUGGCGACGGUUCCCAGCAUGGGUUAUUGCACCCUUCAGGAUUCAUUACCCCCACCACAUCCUGUGACAGUAACCAAAACGGCAGAUGGUUCGUUUACCAUGGAGAACGGCAUCCUUCAAGUCCGUCAGGAUACUGCGGGACGCGUGGCCUCGCUUCGCUUAAUUCAGUCCGAGAGAGAGACGGUCCCUGAAGGCUGCUAUGCCAACCAGUUUGCGCUCUUCGAUGACGUUCCGUUGUAUUGGGAUGCCUGGGACGUGAUGGAUUAUCACCUGGAGACCAGGAAGCCUGUCACACAACUCCUGAGUCCCUUGGAAGUCGUCCAGCCAGGGGGAUUACGGGGCAGUGUGAAAUUCUCCCUGCGGAUCAGCGAGAAGAGCACACUCACUCAAGAGGUCAUCCUGGAUGCAGCGUGCCCCGUCGUCCGUUUCCAUACUCAGGUCGAUUGGAACGAAGCUCACAGAUUCCUCAAGGUGGAAUUCCCAGCCAAGGUUCGGAGCCCCAACGCGACGUACGAGAUCCAGUUCGGCCACCUGCAGAGACCAACACACUGGAACACGUCCUGGGAUUGGGCCCGGUUUGAGGUGUGGAGCCACAAGUGGAUGGACCUGUCAGAACACGGGUUCGGGUUGGCCCUGAUGAACGACUGCAAAUACGGAUGCUCGGUCCGCGGCCACGUGAUGAGCCUCUCAUUGUUAAGGGCACCAAAGUCACCUGACUCCACUGCCGAUAUCGGAUGCCACCAGUUUACCUAUGCAGCGAUGCCUCAUAUGGGUUCCUUCCAGGAGGCCGGGGUAAUCCGACAGGCUUACAGCCUGAACCUCCCCCUUCACACGGUGCCUGGAGCCUCAGCGCCGUGUCCGGCGUGGAGUGCGUUCUCUGUGGAAUCUCCAGCUGUCGUUCUGGAAACUGUCAAGCAGGCUGAGGACAGGCCAGACGCGCUGGUCAUCCGGCUGUACGAGUCUCACGGCAGUACCGUUGAGAGCUGGAUCCGGACGUCACUCUCAGUCCAAGAGGCAGUCUUGUGCGACCUCCUGGAACAGCCCCAUCCCGGGCGUCCUCUGCCGCUGGAGGAGCGUGGGGUGAAGCUUUCCUUCACGCCGUUCCAAGUGCAGUCCGUCCUGCUGAUCUUGAAACAGCGAGACAGCUCCUGAGGCGGUGGCUAACCCCCAUUCCCUCCUCUCCGUUACUUUGGUAGUGGACGGAGGAGGGUCUAGAAUUAAGGGACUAGGCGCAGAUUCAGAGAAACCACUUUCAUGUCGGGGAAAAAGGUGCAGGAAGUCGGUGGGAGUGCCAGGGAAACAGCAGUGGGCACCAGAGCACUGCAGGGUGGAGGUUUUUGCACAGCCUUCGGUUCUGUCCGGCCGGUGUGCGCAAAGCAAGUGAACCACGUGGUUGCGGCUCAACCCACCCCUAAGGAGGACUUCCCCUCCCUCGUGUAACGUAGGCCCCGGAAGCCAGUUAGCUUUGGCAGUGGCCCAUUU